AUGUCCAAUAAUACUAAUAUUACUACAACUGAUAUUGUUGAUAAUAGUAAUACUAAUAAUAAUAAUAGUAGUAGUAGUGAGACAAAAUUAGAUAAACAUAUGCAAACAACUGCAUCUAUAGAUGAAUUAAUUUAUGGAUUAUAUCAUAUUACAAUGGAGAUAUCGCCUACAUGUCGCCAAGCUGCUACAUUAUUCUUAUCAGGAUUUUUUGUUGUUGGAGUACUUUUAAUUAUACCAGCAUUAAUGCAAACAGCUGCUGCAUAUGUAUGGGCUGCACAAAUACGUCGUGAAUCUGUUACACCAACACAAUUACAACAAUGUAAAAAAACUCAAUCUAUAACAAAAAAUAAUAAAAUUCAAAAACAAAUCAAAAAGCAUAGAUUACCUAAACAAGAUCGUACAUUAUUUCUAUAUCGUAUAUUAGCUUGUACUGCAUCGCUUCUUGUUCUUAUAUUUUCUACAUUACCACAAUUAGUUAUUGUUGUUGCAAAACCACAAAUAGCUGAUAGUAUAGAUAAACGUUGGGGAUGGUGUCAUGCAUUUGUAUAUGCAGAUCAUGUUACAAGAUGUUUUGCAAGUUAUUUAAUUGUAAUACCAUUUUUUUUAUUAUUUUGGAAUUUUUUAUUUAGUGAAAUAUUACCACGUCAUCAUUUAAUUAUGCGUAAUGUAUUUGAGGUUAUCUUAAAAUCAUCAAUUAUUAUAGCUUUAUUCUCUUUAUGUAUACCAAUACCAAUUGUAGUAAGACAAUAUGAAAAAAUGUGUACAUCUAAUAAAAUAUGUUUAUGUGGACCAACAAUGCAUGGUAUUGCAACAUUUAUAUAUUAUGAUUUUGUGAUAACUCGUAUUAUUCCAGCUAUAUUUGUUAUAUUUAUAAGUAUUGGAUUUUUACGUUGGUUACCUAGAGAAGAUUAUGGAGUAUUUUAUGAACCAGCAAUAUUUUUAGCUUUUAUGAUACCUCAUGUGUUAUGUGAAGUUAUUAUACAUAUAUUUCAUCGUGCACAUAUAAUUAAUAAAUUAAUUAAUGUGAAUUUUAGCAAUUUUAUGCUUUUAUCUUAUGCAUUAUAUCAUAUGUCAUUCAGUUGUACAUUUGUCUUGGCUACAUUACGUUCAAUGUUAAGUGAAAUACAAGAGGAACGACGUAAACGAAGUAUGCUUUUAUAUGAUGAAACUACUGAUUCAUCUAAACAACAAUCAUCUAGUCGAAAUAAAACUACUAUUCGUAUAGCUGAUAAUAAUAAUAAUACAACUAAUCAAAUGCAUGGAACUAAACGUCGUACAAAUUUAAUACAUGGUUUACAAAAACAAUUCUCUGUAGCUUAUCGUUGGAAGCCAGAUUUUACUGAUGAAGAAACUGGUUUUAUUUCUGGACAAAUAGAAGAACUAUCUAUGGAACAAUCAACAAAUCAAAAUAUUUCUAAUAUAAAUGAAAAUGAAUCUAAUUUAUCAGAUAUUCAAAAUGAAACAAAUGAAAAGUGUACAGAUGAUGCAAUGUUACAUUAUGCUAUAUUACAAAGAUCAGCAAGUUUAAAAAGAAAAGAACAAGAACAACGUAUAAAACCACAAACACAUACAUCGUAUAGUAUUAUACGAAAUUUAAAUUCACAACAACAUCAACCAAAACAACAACGUACUAUAUUAUAUUCUAUCAAUAACCAAUUGAGUUAAUGAAUUAACAUUUCUUAUACAAGAUUCUUUAUUUAUCAAAAUGAUAAACUCCAUCAUGACAGAAAUCAAUAUUCAUUUCGAUAUAUAUAUUUAUGUAUUUUUUUGAUAUUUCUCUUACAGUUUAAUUUCAUAAUAUCAUUUACCCUUAAUUAUUGAUUAAGUUAGUUUAACCCUACGGUGCAAUUUGUAAUAUUGAUUGAAGUUGUUCAUGUUAUUUCUAAUUUGAAUCAUAUGCCAAAUUUAUUAUUACAUCAUAAAUUAUUUGAACUAUACUGAAUGUAACCAGAAUUCAUUUUGAAAUAUAUUUACUAUAAUCUAUACAUUGUAUAUAAAUUACCACUAUUCAAACAUUCUGUGUAUUAAAAUGAUUAUAAACAAAAUAUGAGAAAACAAUUACUUGAUGUCUGUUAUGAAUUAUCUUAUUAACUUGGUAGUUUAAUAGAAGUUAUAUUGGGUUUAAUAAAACAUUGACUUGAGGAUAAUAUAUUUGAUUAUGAUCAUAGUUCCACCCACUCUGUCAUGAUAUAUCUUCUUUAAGGAAAAGAAUAGGUCAGUAGAUCAAAAGGUUAUAAAAAACACUCGUGACAUAUACAAAGUAACUACGGAAUAAUAAAGUAUGUUAAAGUGUUCAUAGUACUUCAUACUUGUUAGGACGGGAUAAGAUGAGAGAUCAUAUUUUAGUUUAUUGUGAUUUUUGUUUAGUGCAACAUUUUUUGUAUAAAUUUAGUUUAUACUUUGUUCAAUGGAACCAGAAACAUUCGUUUUGUAUGAAUUUGGUGUAAAAUCCAUUUUUGUUUUUCCACUAUUUCACUUAUAAAUGAUAUUCAUCGAAUAAUCAUCAUCAAAUGUCAGUAAAAUCAGUAGAGUAACAUUCAUUAAGAAUUAUACUAAAAGUUAGUCAAUAAUUUGUAGAUUACGUGUCCUCACAGCGUGGGUGAUUGAUGAUUGUCAUAUUCUCCGACAAAUCUUACUGUCCUCCACUGAGAAGUGUAAUUCAUUUUGUAAGGGUUAUAUUGUUCAGUGUGCUAUCGAUAGAAAUAUCCCAUGACAGUACAUAAGUAAACUGGAAAUACUUUGCAAUUCUAACCAAACACAUUGGUAUAUACUGAACAGAUUACGAAUACUUAGGUAAUGAUUUAGAUGAACUGUCUCAUUGUAUGAAUGUAUAAAGUUACGUCAAAUUACGCAAAACUGGCUAUUUAGGGAUUAAAGCGCUCAAGUAUCAACAAAAAGAAUACAUCCUCAAACCUCAUUGCAAAUACUUUGUCUUAGUCAUUUAGUUAGCAAUACUAGCCCAUCUACAAAGUAUGGUUCAUUGCCUCCUAAAUAAACGUAAACUCGCUAAACGAUUUACAUUAUUAACUAAAUUAUUAUCCAUGCCAAAAAUCACUACUUUAAAUCAUGGCAAUACUGUUUUUAUAAACUAACAACGACUGGUUAAUGUUUUAUGUAAGAUUAUGCUUAAUGAUAUGCAUAUUUUUCCCUUAUCAAAUCUAGAACAACCUUUCACCAAAACGGAAACGGAGAAUAAUAUACACAUACGUGGUACUCUGUAAACUCGAUGUUCAGUCGCUAUCCUGUUAGAAAUGUCAUUUAAGGUCUAACAUGGUUAAAAAAACACAACAGAUUAUUAAAAUGAUACGGUAAUAGUAGACAAGACAAUUAGUGAUAUCUUACAAUUCAUUAUGAGCAUGUUAUAAGUAUUAGGAUUAUUACUUCUACCAAUAAAAUACGUUUCAUAUGAAAUAACGUUAAACGAUGCAUAAAAUCUAAAACAUAAUACUUGUGGAUAUAAAUGCAUAAAAUGAACAUUCAGGUGCGAAUGACCAAUUUAACUUUCAAUACACAAUCACAUAGUGAUUUAGUAAAAUAUAAAAUUCAUUGCCUCAAAUACAUCAUUUUCACAUAUUCUUUAAAUUUUCUUCAUCAUUCAUAUUAUUAUUUUGAUUAAUCUCAGUUUCGUUCUCGCUUCUCCUUAUUUAAAUAUUUUUAAACUUCUACUCAAAGAUAUUCCACUUCCUAUUGAUAUUACGUACUACUUAUAUCUACAAACAUAAGUAGCACAUAUCAUAUAAAUAUUAUUCAAAUUACUAAUCAAAACUUUGAAUAAACGUUAUCCAAACAUGAGUAAAUGAUCUCAUUAUCAAGUUAUGUAACAAGUUCACUCUCAAUAAUCAAUCUACAUUUACUUACGUACUUACGCCUGUUACUCCCAAUGGAGCAUAGGCCACCGACCAGAAUUCUCCAUCCAAUCUACAUUUAUUUUAACCAAUAAAAAAUUACAAAAGAUUAAUAAAUAGACAUUAAGAUGAAACGAAAUUUAUAUUAAAGUAGAAAUCAAUUCAUUACUGAUUCCUACAUAAUUAUUUCCAAUUCUUUAAACCAGAAAACAUUAUUAUUAUCAUAAUCGUUACGACAUUUACCACAGUAAUAUUAAGGUCAUGGUCACUAUGUACAAUAAACAAUAUAUUACAACACAGCGUGAUAAAAAAAAUGAAUGAAAAAAAGAAAAAAAUUAGUGUAAUUUGCCUUACUGGCAUUCGUUUAUUUUAAAAGAUUAAAUCUGUUUCAAGGAUAUACACAAAUCACUGGUCAAUACUAAUUUUAUAUGCAUAAAACAAUAGUUUUGACUAAAAAAAGUAAUAAUAAUGAUCGGGUAUGGAAAAGUUUGGAAAUCAUAACUGUUUUCUUAAUUAUUCAUUACUGAUAUUCAAUUUAUAUCUAAAUCUUUUUAAUGAAAUGAACUGAAGCUACUUUACUAAUUGGUGAACAAAAUUAUAGAGAAAUUCACUUGGUGAUGUUUGCUUGUAUCUUC